UGGAGACCGCGCAGCCUGGGCUGGGCUAGCGCGUUGGUCUGCGGGUCGUGGCCUGCGGGACUCCGGAGCCAUGGCGCCCAAAAAGAAAGGGAAGAAAGGGAAAGCCAAGGGUACCCCGAUUGUUGGUGGUCUCGCUCCAGAGGACAUGAGCAAGGAACAGGUGGAGGGACACAUUGGCCGCAUCCGGGAGGAGCUGGAGCUUGAGCGCAAGGAGCGCAAUUACUUCCAGCUGGAGCGGGACAAGAUGCACAGUUUCUGGGAGAUCACGCGGAAGCAGCUGGAGGAGAAGAAGGCUGAACUGAGGAACAAAGACCGGGAGAUGGAGGAGGCCGAGGAGAGGCACCAGGUGGAGAUCAAGGUCUACAAGCAGAAGGUGAAGCACUUGCUGUACGAGCAUCAGAACAGCCUGAUGGAGAUGAAGGUGGAGGGCGCUGUGGCCAUGAAGCUGGCGCAGAAGGAGCGCUGCGCGCAGGAGGGGACCCUGUACAGGGACACGCGGGCGCUGCAGGUGCGGCUGAAGGAGCAGGAGCUGGCCAGCGAAGUGGCGGUGAAGCACCUGAAGCUGAAACACGCCGAGGAGAUCACCAAGAUACGCAAGGACUUUGAGCGGCAGGUGCGAGGAAUCGAGGCCAAGUACGAUAAGAAGGUCAGGAUGCUGAGGGAUGAGCUUGACCUGCGCAGGAAGACAGAGAUCCACGAGGUGGAGGAGAGGAAGAAUAGCCAGAUCAGCAUGCUUGUGCAGCGCCACGAGGAGGCCUUCACGGACAUCAGGGACUAUUACAACGAAAUCACCUCCAACAACCUGGAUCUCAUCAGCUCCCUCAAGGAGCAGGUGCAGGACAUGCGGAAGAGGGAGGAGCACCUGGAGAAGGAGAUGACGGAGAUGUCCACGGAGAACAGGCGCCUGGCGGACCCCCUGCAGAAGGCUCAGGACGAGCUGACUGAGAUGCAGCAGCAACUCAGAGGCUACGAGAAGGACAAGGAGACCCUGCUGCUUACGAAAGCCCGUCUGAAAGUCGCUGAGAAGGAGCUGAAGAGCCUGCGGUGGGAGCACGAGGUGCUGGAGCAGCGCUUCACCAGGGUGCAGCACGAGCGUGACGAGCUGUACCGGAAGUUCACCGCGGCCGUCCUGGAGGUGCAGCAGAAGGCGGGCUUCCGGAGCCUCGUCCUGGAGCGCAAGGUGCAGGCCCUGCUCGCCGCGGUGGAGAGGAAGGAGGUGCAGCUCGACGAGGCGCUGGCGGCCUCCAGCCUGGACCCUGCCGCCCUGACCCUCGUGUCCCGCAAGCUGGAGGACGUUCUGGAAUCGAAGAACAGCACCAUCAGGGACUUGCAGUACGAGCUGGCCCGGGUCUGCAAGGCCCACAAUGACUUGCUGCGUACCUAUGAGGCGAAGCUCCUGGCCUUUGGGGUCCCCCUGGACAACGUGGGCUUCAAGCCCCUGGAGACGGCUGUGAUGGGGCAGACCCUGGGCCAGGGCCCCGCAGGACUCGUGAGCACCCCAACGUAG